GUCACAGUGUGGACGGAAUUGAUGGCGGACGGUCGCACUCGGGGCUGCCCUGGACGCGCGAGGUUAAAUUGAUUAUGCACUCAGCAUAGCAUCUUAAGGAAAAGUAUAGUAUUUCCUAAAGGAAUAUGAGCACAAUACAGUAGAAAGGUGUCAUUGACGCCAAGUUGCAAUUUUGACCUGUUCCCUGAACAGCUACAGGAUUUGGAAGCUGAAUCAAUGUUAUCAGAUGAGUUAGAAUCCAAACCAGAGCUCCUGGUACAGUUUGUUCAGAAUACGUCCAUCCCAUUGGGACAGGAGCUAGUAGAAUCAGAAGCAAAGGACAUUACUUGCUUGUCUCUCCUACCAGUGACUGAAGCCUCAGAAUGCAGUCGGCUGAUGUUACCAGAUGAUACUCCGAAUCAUACUAAUUCCUCCAAGGAGGUCCCUUCCUCGGCUGUGCUGAGAAGCCUUCAGGUGAAUGUGGGCCCAGACGGAGAAGAGACAAGGGCUCAGACUAUACAGAAGUCCCCGGAGUUUUUGUCCACCCCAGAGUCUCCUAGCUUGUUGCAAGAUCUACAGCCAAGUGAUAGCACUUCCUUUAUUCUUCUUAAUCUAACCAGAACAGGUCUGGGCUCUUCAGCUGAGCACUUGGUAUUUGUACAGAAUGAGGCAGAGGAUUCAGGGAAUGAUUUCCUCUCCGGUGAGAGCACUGACAGUAACAUUCCGUGGUUUCUCCGAGUUCAGGAGUUGGCCCAUGACAGUUUGAUUGCUGCCACUCGUGCACAGCUGGCAAAGAAUGCAAAAACCAGCAGCAAUGGAGAAAAUGGUCACCUGGGUUCUGGUGAUGGGCAGCCCAAAGAUUCAGGACCCCUUCCUCAAGUGGAAAAGAAACUCAAGUGCACAGUUGAAGGUUGCAACCGAACAUUUGUGUGGCCAGCUCACUUCAAGUACCACCUUAAGACUCAUCGAAAUGACCGCUCCUUCAUCUGUCCUGCAGAAGGCUGUGGGAAAAGUUUCUAUGUGCUGCAGAGGCUGAAGGUGCACAUGAGGACCCACAAUGGGGAGAAGCCCUUCAUGUGCCCUGAGUCUAGCUGUGGCAAGCAGUUUACUACGGCUGGAAACCUAAAGAACCACCUGCGCACCCACACAGGAGAGAAGCCUUUCCUUUGUGAAGCCCAAGGAUGUGGCCGUUCCUUUGCUGAGUAUUCCAGCCUCCGAAAACAUUUGGUAGUUCACUCAGGAGAGAAGCCUCACCAGUGUCAAGUCUGUGGGAAGACCUUCUCUCAGAGUGGGAGCAGGAAUGUGCACAUGAGAAAGCAUCACCUGCAGAUGGGAGCAGCGGGGAGUCAAGAGCCCGAGCAAACUGCUGAGCCACUAAUGGGCAGUAGUUUGCUUGAAGAGGCCUCAGUAACCAGUAAAAACCUGGUGUCUAUGAAUUCGCAGCCCAGCCUUGGCGGAGAGUCCUUGAACCUACCAAAUACCAAUUCUAUCCUAGGAGUUGAUGAUGAGGUGCUUGCUGAAGGAUCCCCACGUCCCCUGUCUUCAGUGCCUGAUGUGACACACCACUUGGUGACCAUGCAGUCAGGGAGACAGUCCUAUGAGGUUUCUGUCUUAACGGCUGUGAAUCCACAGGAGUUACUAAACCAAGGAGAUUUAAUUGAAAGACGGACCUGAAUAUGGGUGUAACUCCUGGAAAAGCAGCUCGAUUUGAUCCCAGGGUGCAGAUAGUGGGAACUGGAGAGUUCUGGCUCAUGAUCCACCAGAACCAAAAGGAACCUAUGAGGGACAAGACCCACUUUUGCUUCUGUUCAUCUUUCCUGGCAUAGAAGAUAAAUGUAGGAAAAAGCAUCUCUUCAGACCACCUGAUCAAAACAAAAACGAAAGCAGUGAUGUGGCCUGGGUAACUGCCUACUCUUCUUCACUGCAGAAUUUUGAAAUGGAACUUCUCAGAAGAGAAUUUGAUUAUGUAUUAGCUGAUAUUUCUCAGUGUGACUGUUAAGAGGGUGUUUUCCUUUAAAGAGUUUUCAUUCUACAUUCAACUGUCUUUUCACAUGGAUGAACUAAGUCCAGUCAUCAACCAUAAAACUUCAAAGAAGUUGAGCUUUCAAGAUGCCUUGUUGCUUUGGAGAAGGGAUUGAUGUCAAAUCUAUGUGGCAUUCUCCCUUUAGCAACCUGAGUAAAAAACUGCCACUGGGCUGCAAAAAUAAAAAUUACUUGAAUCCCA